AGCCGAGCCGGGGCCCUACACGGCUCCUUCGUCGUCGAAUGUUGCGUCUUCCUCAAAGGCCGGCCAUGGUCACAAGACCAGCAGUAUGACUAAGAGACAGCAAGCAGCACACCGUGCAAGGAUACUUGCGGUGGGUUGCGUGUAUGAAGUGCGAGAAACCACAAAGCUCAUUAAAUUCUCGCUUGUACCAGCUCUCGAAGCAACUCGCAACUCGGCUACAGUAUGGCAUGUUCAAGGUCGAGCACGGAUGGUCCAAUCAGACGCACUCCGAAGUCGAAAAUCUGUACUAUCGGCACAAGCGCAGCAUAUCCUCGGGUCCUUCGCCGGCACCUGCGAGGAAGCUGAGCGCUCCUGGCUCGUCCUCGACCGCGGCCGCUCCUCCCAAGACCCCUCUUGCUCCCAACCGACCCUCCUUCAGUGCAGGUGGCCCAGCAGGGGCAGGUGCAGGAAGCCUGGGUGCUGUGAUCUCCACGGCAAGCAUGGCGAAGAAGCCAGCUGAGCCAGUCGCAGCAGACGUCUUUGGAGGUCUCAUGACACCGCCAGCAUCCAACGGUGCUCUCCCCUCUUCCAGACACAAUGAUUAUAGAGCGGCCAAUAAAAUGAGCCCUGUCGAAAGCAGUGCAAAUGCACCAAGGAUCAACGGAAGUUCGACGUACGACGACUUUUGGAGCAAAAUUGGCAGCUCCGCCGUCGGCUCCGGUAGCGGCAGGUUGAACAAGGAGUGAAUGGGAAGGCAGCACUCGAGGCGACUCACAUACCAGAUAAGUUACAUCACAUGUAAAGCACUAGGUUCUACAGUACGACAAGUUUAUAUUGUACAGAAUGCUACACAUCUUCCGCGCUCUCUUCGCUUUCUUGAGAGCCAUCGUCAAACUUCUCUCUUUCUGUGCCCUCGGCAUCACCGCCACUGUCUCUUUUCUCACUGAUGCGAUCCUCUCCUUCAACGGUCUGCGACACGCCGUCGGCCUCU